CAUUGAUCCUUCCUAAAAUUUUCCAUCCAUUUCUUUUUAUUUUUUAAUAAAAAAAGUCUUAUCUGGUAUUCUGUUUCUCCUCUCACAAGAUGCAGAUCUUUGUGAAAACCCUUACUGGAAAGACCAUAACCCUUGAAGUUGAAAGCUCUGAUACUAUUGACAAUGUGAAGGCCAAGAUCCAAGACAAGGAGGGCAUCCCUCCGGACCAGCAAAGGCUGAUCUUUGCCGGGAAACAACUCGAGGAUGGUCGUACCCUGGCUGACUACAACAUUCAGAAGGAAUCCACCCUUCAUUUAGUUCUGCGUUUGAGGGGAGGGAUGCAAAUUUUUGUUAAGACUCUUACAGGGAAGACAAUUACCCUGGAGGUUGAAAGCUCUGACACCAUUGACAAUGUCAAGGCUAAGAUCCAAGACAAGGAGGGUAUUCCUCCUGACCAGCAAAGGCUGAUCUUUGCUGGAAAACAACUCGAGGAUGGUCGUACACUGGCUGAUUACAAUAUUCAGAAGGAAUCUACACUUCAUCUGGUGCUCAGGCUUCGUGGUGGAAUGCAAAUUUUCGUUAAGACUCUUACUGGAAAGACCAUAACCCUGGAGGUGGAGAGUUCUGAUACAAUUGACAAUGUGAAGGCUAAAAUUCAAGACAAGGAAGGGAUCCCACCAGAUCAGCAGAGGUUGAUUUUUGCUGGUAAACAGCUUGAGGAUGGCCGGACUCUUGCAGAUUAUAACAUCCAGAAGGAGUCAACCCUUCACUUGGUCUUGAGGUUGAGAGGAGGAAUGCAGAUAUUUGUAAAGACAUUAACAGGGAAGACCAUUACCUUGGAGGUUGAGAGUUCUGAUACUAUUGACAAUGUUAAGGCAAAAAUUCAGGAUAAGGAGGGAAUCCCACCGGAUCAGCAAAGGUUGAUAUUUGCUGGUAAGCAGCUUGAAGAUGGCCGCACUCUUGCUGAUUAUAACAUUCAGAAGGAGUCAACGCUUCACUUGGUGCUUAGGUUGAGGGGAGGAAUGCAGAUAUUUGUGAAGACUUUGACCGGAAAGACAAUCACUUUGGAGGUGGAGAGCUCAGAUACCAUUGACAAUGUGAAAGCCAAAAUCCAGGAUAAGGAAGGUAUCCCACCUGACCAGCAGAGGCUGAUCUUUGCUGGCAAGCAAUUGGAGGAUGGUAGGACUCUGGCUGAUUAUAACAUCCAGAAAGAGUCCACUCUUCACCUUGUCCUGCGUCUUCGUGGUGGCUUCUGAAUGUUGCUGAUAAUUUGUUGAAGGCUGUCUUGCUGUUGGAAUUUACAUAAACCCUGUUAUAGUUUGCUUUACCCUGUGUCUUUGCUGCCCAAGUCAUGGGGACUGGCUUGUUAAAGCCUUCUGUAGUUUUCGUUUGGUGGGAUUGGAUGGUGGUGUUAUAUUGUCAUGGGAAUUUAUGGUGGUGUUAGCUGUUUCUAAAUAAAAGUUGGAAUUUCUAAAUGCUUUUGUGUAAAUAUAUAGUCGCUGAUUAAACUGCCAUGGUCUA